UUCAUAGGAGCAGAAAUGCACUCUUGCCUUGCCUUUGUUCCAGCAGCCAUACAAGGCACGGGCAAACUGUUCCUUCCUCUACCAGUUAGGCCACCUACCAAGAUCGUCUUCUACCUCUAGACUCGGUCUUCUUCUUCUCCCUUCCAAUUCAAUUGCGGACACUUUCACCCUAUCUCUCCUCGCUCCCUCACUCAGAUUCCCACUCACAACAACAACAAUCUUCAAGCCCGGAGUCGCCGCCGCCAACUGACGUCAACUCCCGCCACUAUGCUUCCAGAAAACCCGGUGGUUGCUGACACUUGCGCCGCCUUCAUUGCCGGCGGCGUUGCUCUUUUCUUCCUGCUGUUGUGGCAAGAAACCGCCAAGCGUGGGAUCUUCGACCAGAAACUCAAUAGAAAGCUUGUCCACGUGAGCAUUGGCCUAGUUUUCAUGCUUUGCUGGCCACUAUUCAGUUCUGGCCUUCAAGGAGCAUUUUUUGCAUCUCUUACCCCAGGCCUCAAUAUCUUCCGAAUGCUUCUAUUGGGACUAGGAAUAUGGAAAGAUGAGGCAACAGUGAAAUCAAUGAGCAGAUAUGGAGACCACAGGGAACUUCUUAAGGGACCACUGUACUAUGCCACAACAAUAACUUUGGCUUGUCUAGUCUAUUGGAGAACUUCCCCUAUUGCAAUUGCUCUUAUAUGCAAUUUGUGUGCUGGAGAUGGUUUAGCUGAUAUUGUUGGUAGGCAGUUUGGUACCCUGAAACUUCCAUACAACAGAAACAAAUCUAUAGCCGGUAGUGUUGCAAUGGCAUCUGCUGGUUUUUUAACAUCUAUCGGGUACAUGUACUAUUUCUCCAGCUUUGGAUAUGUUCAGGAAAGUUGGGGUAUGGCUUUGGGUUUCUUGGUUGUGUCUCUUGCCUCGGCACUGGUAGAAUCGCUCCCCAUAAGCACCAAGCUUGAUGACAACCUUACAGUUUCACUUACUUCUGCAUUAAUUGGCAGUUUGGUUUUCUGAUUUGGGGACCCCUUCGAAAUAGCAGCCAAAUUAAGGAAAAUCGCUGAAGCCAAGUUCGCGGAACAAUCAUCAGUUGCCGUUGGCCAACUUGAUUGGUUUGUAUGUGUACUCUAGCAUUGUCUAUUAGCUUGACAAUAUGUAACACCAAUGAUGUAUCAAUAAACGAUCAAAUCGCGAUUCUCUUUCGUGAAUAUUCAUGGCAAUGCAAAUCACUUACCAUUCCUGCAUGAAUAAGAAAACUGUGUUUGUUCCUGUAA